GGACUCCGUGGCUGCCCAAUUCCUUUCCUCCCAAACGCACAAAAAAACAUAAUUUUAAAAAAAUUAGAAUCUUUGAUUAUUCAAUCGAAUAAUAUUUGAUAGUAGCAGUUCGUCGUGAUCACCACUACCUAAUCAUAACCCACCUGUUGUCUAUACAAGGAAAAAGGGCAUGGAUCCAUCACCAUCCUCCUCUUUCUCCAUGCAUUGACUUUUUUUUUCCCCAUUUUCCUCCUUCCGAAAUUCGAUCAAAUGGAGAUGCGGUGGGGUUUGAUCACGGUGCUGAUUGUGGUGUCUGUAGCCGUGGGUUUUGUGUCGGCUGAUGAAUGGGGUCAAAGAGCACCGUAUCGGAUCCACACUCUGUUCUCUGUUGAGUGCCAAAACUACUUCGAUUGGCAGACGGUUGGUCUAAUGCAUAGCUUCAAGAAAUCGAGACAACCCGGUCCGAUUACCCGGUUAUUGAGCUGUACCGAUGAGGAGAUGAAGAAUUACAGAGGCAUGGAUCUCGCUCCCACUUUCCGUGUCCCUUCUUGGAGCAGACACCCUAAGACUGGUGACUGGUAUCCAGCAAUUAACAAACCAGUUGGAGUUCUUCACUGGCUUCAACACAGUGAAGAUGCCAAGAAUGUGGAUUGGGUAGUUAUUCUUGAUGCUGACCAGAUCAUUAGAGGUCCUAUCAUCCCUUGGGAACUUGGUGCAGAAAGGGGGAGACCCUUUGCUGCUCAUUACGGCUACUUGGUUGGUUGCGAUAACAUGCUUGUCCGAUUACACACAAGGCAUCCUGAACUCUGUGACAAAGUUGGAGGUCUUUUAGCUAUGACUAUCGAUGAUCUUCGCGUUUUGGCCCCUCUUUGGCUUUCGAAGACUGAAGAUGUUCGCCAAGAUACAGCUCACUGGGCCACUAACCUUACUGGAGAUGUUUAUGGGAAAGGUUGGAUCAGUGAGAUGUAUGGUUACUCCUUCGGUGCUGCUGAAGCAGGACUGAAGCAUAAGAUAAACGACGACUUGAUGAUAUAUCCUGGCUAUGUUCCACGAGAAGGUGUUGAGCCUGUUCUCAUGCACUAUGGUUUACCUUUUUCCGUUGGUAACUGGUCUUUCACUAAACUGGACCACCACGAAGACAAUAUUGUCUAUGACUGCAACCGUCUCUUCCCCGAGCCUCCAUAUCCAAGAGAGGUGAAAAUGAUGGAACCUGAUCAGUACAAGCGAAGAGGUUUACUCUUAAGUCUAGAAUGUAUGAAUACAUUGAACGAGGGGCUCAUACUGCGUCACGCGCAAAACGGGUGUCCGAAACCAAAGUGGACCAAAUACUUAAGCUUUCUCAAGAGCAAAACCUUCAUGGAGUUAUCAAAGCCUAAACUGCUUGCACCAGGAAGUGUACAUAUCUUGCCAGACCAACACCAGCCGCCGCCACAGGUCGAUGAAUUCAAAGGACCUUAUCCUAAGAUCCACACACUCUUCUCCACUGAAUGCACGACUUAUUUCGAUUGGCAAACAGUUGGGUUCAUGCACAGUUUCAGGUUGAGUGGUCAGCCUGGAAACAUCACUCGGCUUCUGAGUUGCACAGAUGAAGAUCUUAAAAAGUAUAAAGGUCAUGACUUGGCCCCGACGCAUUAUGUUCCUUCCAUGAGCAGACAUCCUCUCACAGGGGAUUGGUAUCCGGCAAUUAACAAACCGGCAGCAGUGGUUCAUUGGCUUCACCACACGAACAUAGAUGCAGAGUACAUAGUAAUUCUUGAUGCUGACAUGAUCCUAAGAGGACCCAUCACUCCUUGGGAGUUUAAGGCAGCUCGAGGCCGACCAGUUUCAACUCCUUAUGACUAUCUUAUUGGAUGUGACAACGACCUUGCAAAACUUCACACGCGUAACCCCGAGGCUUGUGAUAAAGUUGGUGGAGUCAUAAUAAUGCACAUAGAGGACCUACGGAAAUUCGCAAUGUACUGGUUGCUUAAAACACAGGAGGUUCGAGCAGACAAAGAACACUACGGGAAGGAGUUAACCGGGGAUAUAUAUGAAUCCGGUUGGAUCAGUGAAAUGUACGGUUAUUCCUUCGGUGCUGCAGAGUUGAAUUUGAGGCAUAUCAUAAACAAAGAGAUAUUGAUAUACCCUGGUUACGUUCCUGAACCGGGUGUUGACUACAGAGUUUUCCAUUACGGUCUUGAGUUCAAAGUAGGGAACUGGAGCUUCGACAAGGCGAACUGGAGGAACACAGACAUGAUCAACAAGUGCUGGUCCAAGUUCCCGGACCCACCUAGUCCUUCACAAGUCCAUGAAACAGACAAUGAUCUACGGCAAAGAGACCUUCUCAGUAUUGAAUGUGGACAGAAGCUGAACGAAGCUUUGUUGCUGCAUCACAAGAGAAGGAACUGCCCUGAACCUGGAUCUGAGUCUGAGUUGAGAGAGAGUAUCUCAUCUGGCUCAAGAAAAGUGGGUAAGUUGGAAACGAAACAACAAGUCAAAGGAAGCGAUGAUGAGACAGAAGAAACGACGACGUCUGAAGGGAGAUUCAGCAGGUUGAAGAUAUGGGUGAUCGUUGUGUGGGUGAUAUCUGGAGUAGGGUUCUUGGUAGUGAUGCUAUUGGUGUGCUCAACUCGUAAAGUUAGGGCCAGAGGAGGGAAAGGUUACAGAAACAAGAGACGAACUACUUCCUACUCAUCCAAGACGGGGUUGGAAUGAUCUUGGCUUGAAAAUCUUUGAGCAUUGUAUUGUAGAGAUACAAUUAAACCAAAAAUAGAGGCUUGAGGAUAUUUCACACAGAGAUCAUAUAGGGUUUAUUUGUAUUCUUAAAGAUUUUUUUCUUUGUUUUUUCUUCUUUUUUUUUUUAAGACUUCUAAAUUGGUAUUUUGUUCUUCAAACAUGCAAAUGAACCAAAAUCUCAAUCUCUUAGUUAAAACUCAUAAGAGCACCACAUUAUGGACAAGCUGCAGUAUGUCCCCAACCAAAAGGUUACUUGAGUUUAGUAGCCAAAGUGUAAGUGUGUACUCCCAGU